AUGGUGAGGAAGAAUUCACUGAGUGUGGAUAGGCGGAUAGCAGACCCUCAAAAUGCGCUCUUUCUUUCAUUUUCAGUGAGAGGGUUGAGACUGUUAGUAUUGAUGCCUGCUUAUGCUUUUGUGGUUGCUUCCGAGCUGUGUGCUAGUUGUCCGAUAGUGGUGAAUGAGAAGAAGUAUAAGAGGUUGAUCUUUCCUCAAGUGGAGGAUGAACUGUUGAUUUCAGCUAGCCAAGCUGAAACAUUGAUGAGAGACAGAGCAGAGUGUUAUAUUCUGCUUGCUGCUAUGAGUGUGGAGACCGAGAGACUCGUUGCUGAGAUUGAGGUUAUGAAAGAAUUUGCUGAGGUGUUUUCAGAUGAGGUGCCUGGGUUGCCUCCUACUAAGGAGAUGGAGUUCAGCAUUGAUUUGGUUCCUAGUGCAGGGCCAGUGUUGGUUACACCCUAUAGGAUGACCCCAACAGAGUUGGUUGAGCUGAAAAGUUAG